UUUUUACUUAGUCUCUCGUGAAACUUCGUUUCUCCUACACAAAUCCAUGGAAACACCCGUAUUAUGAUCGUCUAGAACCCUUAUGUCGUCUGGCAAAUCCGGCUCAACCUCACUCACUUGAAAGGCUGGAAUAUUCAGAGAGUCUCACUCCAAACUCUAUGAUCUGCCACACUUGCAAAGGAGAGAUUUCGCAAAAGGUUGACUACUACUCUUGUUACUAUUGUUGUAUUUGCGAUCUGAAAUUUCAUUUUGGUUGUGAGUUGUUGUUACCGGAGAUUAGACACCCUUUUCAUCCCUGUCACCCUCUUACCCUUAUCUCACUAGAUCUUGAAGUUCAUAGUUCUAAGUUACCUCAUUCACCGGGGACCGACGGAUCCUCCGACUCAAGUAUAUUCAAUGAUGACGGUGACGAUGAUGAGAAGCAUGAAAAAUGCAAAUGUUGUCGGAAACGUCUCGAAAACGUAUACUAUCAUUGUUCUGUUUGCAAAUUCAGCUUCAAUGCUUCCUGUACAACAUACCAACUACCUCUCACUAUCAUACCACCAAAGAGCCAUGAGCAUACCCUCACCCUCUUCCCUAAAAGGCUUCGUUUGCCCUGUGAUGCUUGUGGUUUGUCUCUGGAAGAUCACACCGAUCACGUUUUUACAUGUCAUCCAUGUAACUACAUGGUUCAUGGAACAUGUAUCUACUUACCCAGUGUCAUUGAGAUCACUCGUCACCCUCACCGCCUCUCUUUCACUCCCUCCCUUUCUCCUGGAGAUUAUCCUUGCGGGGUUUGUCGCAAAUCUGUUGACAUCAACUACGGGCAGUACUCUUGCACUAAAGGAUGCCACUAUGCUAUCCAUUCAAAAUGUGCAACGAGGGAAGAUGUAUGGGAUGGGAAAGAUCUUGAUGGAGUUCCCGAAGAAACUAUUGAAGAUGGAGAUAUUGAGCCAUUCGUGAAGAUUGAUGAGAACACAAUACAACAUUUCAGUCAUGACCAUUAUAUGAGGUUCCACAAGAAAGGAAGUCUUGGAGAUCAAGAAAGCAAGUUUUGUGAUGCUUGCAUUCUUCCAGUACUACCUUCAGAUUGUUUCUACAGUUGUAUGCAAUGCAAAUUCGUUCUCCAUGAAACAUGUGCAUACCUUCCUCGCAAGAAAAGCCAUCCGCUACACAAACACCCGCUUAUCCUCCUCCCAACCCCUACUGAAUUCUACUUAUUCCCUCCAGAUUUUUGUGUUUAAGACAUGUUCACAUGCAAAGGGUGCAAGCAAUUAGGAUGUGGUUUCGUGUAUGAAUGCCCUAAAAGUGAUUGUGCAUUUGUACUUGAUGUAAGAUGUGCUUCCCUUCCGGAUCCUUUAAUCCAUGAAUGCCAUCCUCAUCCCGUUUUCAUGAACUUGACUAGAGGUGAAUGUAUGAGGUGUAAGUCAAUCUCGAAUUCCUCAUUUUUCCUAGAAUGUGUUAAAUCCAAUUCAUUCUUGUGUCUCACGUGUGCUAAUGUGCCUUCUGUGGUACAUUACAAGUAUGAUAGCCAUCCACUCACGCUUUGCUACGGACAAGAAGAUAAAACAGAUCUCAAAUAUUGGUGUGAGAUAUGUGAAUCCAAAUUGGAUUCAAGGAUAUGGUUUUAUACAUGCGGCUAUUGUAGGGUUACUCUCCAUGUUACAUGUUUAUUGGGGCUAAACAUGUACUUGAAGCCCCUAGUGACCAUCAAAAAUUACAAUGAUGUUGACGAGGAGAUGGAAAUUGCUCGCAACCUUAGUAGCUCUCGACCAGUUUGUGAUCACUGUUCUCGUCGAUGCCUAGAUUCAUUGGUAUUUAAGUGCUCAAACUUAAAGUUUUGUACUUUAGAUUGUAUGCAUGCUUCAUGGAUUGACGAGGCAGAUGAUUGAUAUGGAGAUAAAAUGAAAAGGCAGGAGAAGAGUAGAUCAUGAUCUUGGUACUUUAUUUUGAUGUGUUUUUACUUUCCAGCUUCUUGUUUUGUUAUGUAUACACGUUUUACCAAAAAUGUGUUUGUGCUUUCCUCUCCAAGAUCUGUAAUAUUAUUACGUGUGUCUUUGAUCGGAAAUUGUGUUUCAUUUUUAAUACUACUAA